AUGAGGGAAUCAAACUUUGAUAAUAUAAACACAUAUGCCGUUGACUACUUUUUGGGACAAGGAUUUCGUGUGUUCUUUGAGCGUACUAUGCAUGAUGUCAAAGCUGGGACAUUCGUGUUUGAUGGAGGAAAAGAAGUUGACAAACUGUAUCUCGGACAAGCUUUCCACAUUUUGAUUGGAUUCACCUUGUCCAAAUCAUCUACUGCAGAUAGAGAAGAAGACGUCAGGGCCUCCAAUAUAGAAGAGUUCCAUAAUAAUUCAACCAUAACGCUAAUUGAUCGCAUAUUGAAUAAUCAACAUCCUGGCGAUUUCAGUUUUCCACGGUUGUCCACGAUUGAGUUGGUCGAAGAGGUUAGCAAAGGCUACGUAUUCCAUGAACUGGAACAUUCCAGCAAAAAAACACAAACCAAGUUGUACGAAUUACUUUUGCAAGUUUUGGAAGAGAAUUUGUGCCUUCAAAUAACUGGGGAAGGAAUCUCAAAGGAUUUGCUUGUGUACGCGUUACAAUAUGUGAAAGCGCUUAAAAGCCGUGUAAAAGGAUGUGAGUUAUACCUUGAUUACAUUCUCAGUGUUUUCGAUAGAUACAAUAGAGGUGAUGUUCCGUAUCAAAAAUUUAUUGAAACCUUCCGAACAAAACUAUUGUCAAGUUUAAAUGUCUUAGCAUCCGGCUUGAAUGAAGCAAGUCAAUCAACCGAGAACUUGCUAAACGAACUACGAGAAAGGGGUAAUAACUUAAUGUCAUUUCAAAGCUUUGCUCAAGCAAUAAAAGUCUACACUGAAGCCUUGUUACUAGCUCCGCCAUUUACAUAUGCUGAUGAAUCACAGAUCUACACCAACAGAGCCAUUGCGUUUAUUGGUCUCAACUGUGUCCCUGAAGCUAUAGACGAUUUGAAUACUGCGAUUUUCUUAGACCGUGCAUUUACUCCAGCUUGGACCCAAUUGGGCUAUUGUCAUUUGUAUAUGGGGAAUGGGUUGCUUGCUUUGGAAUGUUACAACAUUGCUUUGAAGUCCUCUAUUGGGGAGGUAUUGCCUAACAAUUUUCCCAAAAGUGGAGCUAUUGUGGAUGAAUAUAGAGCCUUGAGGUUAAAAACCAUUUUGCCCCAGUUUAUCAAAAGAUUGAGUUCAGCUAUUGCAUUGACUGAAAAGAGAGCAUACCAACAAAACGUUCCGGAAGAGAAAAUCAAAAACAUCAUUAGUGAUGUAAGGAAGUUGCUCGCCCGAUUAAGAGCUGUUGGGCCCGAAGACGAUCGUGAUUGCUUUACGUAUAUGCCUGUUUAUCGUGACUCGUCUUUGAGAGAUCUUUCACAAAGACUCAAUGAAAGUCGUCCAAGUAUAUUAACCCCCGAAGUGUCGCAGAACAUGCUUGCGAGGAACGGGAUGGAGACGGCCACUGUAACACAAAUAGAGAGACCACCUCAUGUGAACUUGGAGCGUGAUCGUGGUGCUGGAGACAGGGCAAGAAGUCCAGAAGUACAAGUGUUCGGUCCCAUGAACUCUGAAGCAUGGCCACUUAGUAGUCUCAGAGACAUGAUAGGGGAUAUCACCGAAGGAGGCUUGAGAACCGGAGAGCAAAAUGUACAACAACCUCCACCAGCAAGAGGAGCCCUGGGCAACGAUGCUGGUUCUGGGCAUCUUAAUAACCCUACAAACACUACUUCGAAUGAGAAUGCAAAUCGAUCACCUAGACCCAACGAACGGCCAAAUUUUACAAAUAUAUUACCUGACGCACUUCGCAAUGUUUUAAGUCCUGGUAUAUUAAGCACUUUUGAAAGAUUUACUCAGGGUGAUGGAAACGGAGCCAUGUUUGUCAAUGGAGUCGAGGCUUCAAAUAGUAACAACGAUAGUCAAGGUGGUGAUAAUGCAAAUCGUACAGAAAACGGACAGCAAGCGGAUAGUCGGACACAGAAUUCUCUGGCAACAGAGGCUGGAAACUCCAGCAAUGCCACGAAUGAAAGAAACCAAGGGCGUUCGAGAGACGUACCAUUUGAUUUAGACUUACAUGAUGAUCAAGAGUUGGACUGA